GUCGGGCUCGCCUUGGCACAUGUAUUGAUUGCUCACAUCUUCUCCGCAAACGGUUCUUUCGAGUCAACUACCUGCCGUCUCAUCGCGCAUGCGAUUGCGAUACGAAAAUGGCGCUCGAGACCCUGACAUGCGCGUGAUACACGCGUUAUACGGAGGAGCCACGCUGCAUCAGGAUGAUUGUAUAACAUUAACGUGCAGGUAUCGCGUGUCUAGGUGGCCCUUAGGAGUAAAACAGAGUCGCAUGGUAAGGCCCGAUCUCUGCUUGGGCAUGUAUAGGGAAAGUUCUUCGCAACUAUCGGUAGGCGUCCUGCCGCUUGCUGCCACCAUUGUGUGGCGCAUGUUAAACCCGACAGCGGGACGCGUUCCGCUAGCUGCUCUUACGCGUCGUUCAAAGCAGAAGUGCCAAAAGAAUACGAUUGGUAAACUUCAUGCAAUGUGCGGAGUACAUGCUUCAACAUGGACACACCUUGAAAGCAGACCUUCAUGUUGGCCUAGUACUACGCAGAGUACUUAUCUUCACAGUAGCUCGUGCCUGUAUAGUUCUCCUGAACCAGCCUAAUGGCAUGAAAAUGGCACAUAAGCAAAGCAGACACAUAUUUCUUCCUCAAGGUUCUCGCAAGCAAGAACACCCAAUGAAAAACAAGUCGCGCCUGCCAGAGGUAGUGCGAGAUACUGGCGGCACCGUGGCCUCAAGGUAUGAGCGAGCUCAGGGACCUGAGGUCGGGUUGCAAAAAUUGUUAUCGGGAAAGGCCACCGUAGUGGCAUUAUAGCGAUUAAACUAUAAAGAACAGAUACUACACUUGAUCUAAGCCAGAU